CCAAAACAAAACGACAACAUGAUGGGAGAAUAGAAACCGAAAGUUGUAGAGGCAGUAAAAGGGAAAACGAAUCUUAAGUGAAGGGGAGUGUGUCGAUCAGCUGAGGCAGACUAUAUAAACAGUGGGGCCAUCUGCUCGAGCACAUCAGUUGUUUCUCCCUCACCUCGGACUGCAGCUCUCCACAAGAAUCUGAUAAAGUUAUUACAAGAUCUCUUCCAUGAUGAAUUUAAACAUCGUUAUGCUGGACGGGACGUCCCACAACAUGAGUGUGGACCACCAGGACACGGUGGGCUCUCUGAAAACACGGAUCCAGCAGAAACUGGGAGUCGCCUACGAGACCCAGAAGCUGGUCUUCACAAACGGCAACAGCACCCCCCUCAACGACGACUCCAAGCCCAUCAGCCACUACGGCUUGGGCCCCGGGGCCCGGGUGUCCCUGCUGGUGACCCAGCCUGAGACCAUCCAGGUGUUCCUCAGAAACGAAAAGGGGAAGUUGACCACCUAUGACAUCAAACCCAGCGAGACCGUGGGCCACUUCAAGAGGCGGGUGAAGGCCAGAGAGGGGGUCCCAGAGAACCAGCAGAGGCUCAUUCACCAGAGCAGAGAGAUGUCGCAGGACCAGAGUAAACUGUCAGACUACGGCGUCCAGGCGACGAGCACCAUCGACCUGUGUUUACACCUGAGAGGAGGUUGAGGACACUUGUGGUUCACAUGUUUUCAGUUACUUUUCUUAACAUUCCUGCCUUGGAUUUAAAUGAAACAUCGAACUUGAAAUUGCUUUUAGUUUUAAUUUAUUUGUAUUGCAUUCCUCAAUGUAGGCUGCUGUAUUCUGUAACAUCUCAGGCACGUGUUUAGGUUUUAUUUGUUAUUUGGCAGUUCAAAUGUAUUAUACACACAGCAUUAUGAUCACUAGAUACUGUUAAAAACGAAUAAAAAUGACUUUCAAAUGUCAAAUUGCACGUCUCCUCAUGUUUCCGUAAGCCUAUCAUUUCAAAUCAUUGCAAAAUUAAUACAUGUUGAAAUUAGUAAAGAAAUACAAAAGUAUUGAAAUGAAUAGAGAAAUAAAUGAUAAUACAGUAUUUUAGCAUUGGAACUUCCUUACUUGUUAGCAUACAAUAAACCAAUGUAUGGGAACAAAGUGUAGCUAUAGAUGCAAUGAUCAGUGUGGGUCGAUAUUGUAAAAAAAAAAAGAAAUUUAUCUGACAUUAACAGUUUGUUUGCGUUAAUAGUUACUGUUUUGUAAUGGUAAAAAGAUGUUAUAACAGAAUAAUGCCAAAAUAGUUAUAAUUGCUUUGAAGUAAUGUGCGAAAAGCAGGGUGAUUUAAAGGUUUCCAUUUGCAGGUGUGUCUGAAGAAAGGAGGGCGAGUCAACUUGCUCUCACACAAACGCUCCAACAAAGGACCUCUGUUACGCCAUCUUAACCUUAGUUCUUAUCUACACUUGGUUUGCAAUUUUUCAUACCUGCCACUGAGGAUGGCCUUCAUGUGUGUGUAAAAAAACGUUUUGACCUCUGAGACGCCAUCUCCACAGAGCACCGUAAUAUGUGUAUUUGACCUCCUGCUUGCAAGCAAUAAAUGGCCUUUUACAACUUUGA